AUGAUUCCCACCAGCCAGUUCCCCGACACCACAGAAUACGACUAUGCAUACGAUGAAAACACUGCUCCGUGCAAUGAAGGAAAUAGUUUUCAUCGGUUUAAGUCCCUCUUCUUGCCAAUCCUUUACUGCCUCGUGUUCAUCUUCUGCCUACUGGGAAACUCCUUGGUCCUUUGGGUUCUUCUGACCAGGAAGGGGCUGACCACGAUGACUGACAUCUGCCUGCUCAACCUCGCAGCCUCCGAUAUGCUCUUUGUUUUGCCUCUCCCUUUCCAAGCCCACUAUGCUUCAGAUCAGUGGGUUUUUGGCAAUGCUAUGUGCAAGAUAACAGCUGGCAUUUAUUACACAGGCUUUUACAGCAGUAUUUUCUUUAUAACCCUCAUGAGCAUAGACAGGUAUAUAGCAAUUGUCCAUGCAGUCUACGCUGUGAGGAUACGGACGGCCUCUUGUGGCAUAAUUAUCAGUUUAGUCCUGUGGCUGGUGGCUAUCUUGGCAUCUGUACCCAACAUCGUGUUCAACCAGCAGUUGGAGAUUGAGCAGUCUGUUCAGUGCAUUGCCACAUAUCCCCCAGGUGACAAUACCUGGAAGGUCGCCACCCAGUUUGUGGCCAAUAUCCUGGGCCUCUUGAUUCCCCUCAGCAUCCUCGUUUACUGCUAUGCCCAGAUACUGAAAAACCUGCAAAAAUGCAAAAACCGGAACAAGAUCAAGGCAAUCAAGAUGAUUUUCAUCAUUGUCAUCGUUUUCUUCCUCUUCUGGGCACCCUUCAAUAUUGCUCUCUUCCUCGAUUCCCUGCAGAGCCUGUACCUCAUCAAUGACUGCAAGGCGAGCUACUGGAUAGCCCUGGCCCUGCAGCUGACUGAGACCAUUUCCUUCAUCCACUGCUGCUUGAACCCUGUCAUCUAUGCGUUUGCUGGGGUGAUGUUCAAGGCCCAUCUUAAAGGAAUAUUUCAGUCCUGCAUUCGUCUCUUCUGGAGUCCUGCUGGAGGCGUGGGGCCUGGUCAGUCACUUUCGGCAGCCACCCAGCUCUCUGGCAGCUCUGACAGCAGUGGGGUGCUGUAG